AUGCGCGCUCGCCUAGGGCCGCGCUCCCGGAAGCGUCGGGGGUCGCGCGCGCGGGUCUGUGGCGCGUGGUCCUGCACGCCCCGCGGCGCCCUGGAGCCGCCGGUCUCGGUCGCGGAGGCCGUGUCGUCCCUGACCAUCGCCGACGCGUUCGUGGCGGUCGGCGAGACUGUAGCGCCGCUCCCCGCUGCAUCCCCUAGCAGGAGGUUCAUCUGCUCCUUCCCCGACUGCAGUGCCAGUUACAACAAGGCCUGGAAGCUAGAUGCGCACCUGUGCAAGCACACGGGGGAGAGACCCUUUGUCUGUGACCAUGAGGGAUGUGGCAAGGCCUUCAUCAGAGACUACCACCUGAGUCGUCAUGCCCUGGUUCAUACUGGAGAAAAGCCGUUUGUUUGUACAGAGAGUGGCUGUGAUCAGAAAUUCAACACCAAGUCUAACUUGAAGAAACAUCUUGAACGCAAGCAUGAAAACCAGCAAAAGCAGUAUGUAUGCACUUUUGAGGGCUGUCAGAAGAGCUUCAGGAAACACCAGCAGCUGAAGACGCAUCAGAGCCAGCACACCAACGAGCCGCCCUUCAGGUGCCCCCAGGAAGGAUGUGGGAAGUGCUUCGCCUCACCCAGCAGGCUGAAACGGCACGCCAAGGUCCACGAGGGUUACACAUGCCAAAAGGGAUGUUCCUUUGUGGCCAAAACAUGGACAGAGCUCCUGAAGCACAUGAGAGAAGCCCAUAAAGAGGAAAUCACCUGUGAGGUCUGCCAGAAGACAUUCAAGCGCAGAGAUUACCUUAAGCAGCACAUGAAAAUUCAUGCCCCGGAAAGGGCCGUGUGUCGCUGUCCGCGCGAAGGCUGUGGCAGGACCUACACCACUGUGUUUAACCUGCAGAGCCACAUCCUCUCCUUCCACGAGGAAAUGCGUCCGUUCGUGUGUGAGCACGAGGGCUGUGGCAAAACAUUCGCCAUGAAGCAAAGUCUCACUCGGCACGCUGUUGUGCACGAUCCUGACAAGAGGAAGCUCAAAGUGAAACGACCUCGUGAGAAACGGAGCUUGGCCUCCCGGCUCAGUGGCUACAUCCCCCCUAGGAGGAAGCAGGAGCAGCAGCUGACGGGAGACGGAGAGCUGCGGCACCUUGCCGAAGACCACGUGCUCUCCUCCCGCGUGGCGCCGGCCCCCACCUGAAGGUCACCUGCUUUCUUUAAAGGACUGCAUACCAUGUCAGCUCGUUUUGUCUCACAAGCAUAUUUUCCUUUAUUAAAAUCACAGAUGCGGA